AGUUCUCGCACUUCCCGUUGGCCUUGCAGACUUGUAAACAAACGUGUGAUCGUAGUUCCACCAAGGGGCGAACCAGGCCAGUCCAUCGAGAAACCUACACAGAUCCAUGAGCUGUAAUCUUCGAAAAAAGCAUUUUUGGGAGAAAAACGGCUUGUUACAACGAUUUUAGCGGAGUCGAAGCGAAGACGCGACUGGGAGACAUUAAGCCAGCUAACGUUAGCUGGCAUUCGCUUGUACAGUCUUGAUCGCCCUCAACAGGGCCCAGCCUAAUUCAGGAUGGUGUAUGUUGGGGCGCAGCUGGGCGUAUCAGUGCUAGUCUUGUUCUGCACUAUGGCUCCGUCUCCUGGUCAGGCAUAUAUAUAUGCUCAUUACAGUAACAUGACCUCCAUGCUGUUUGAGGAUCUGCCUGCUCUCUUCGGCCAUACUCUGCCAAAAGACGGACUCAUGGGUGUGCUGGUUGAAGCUCAUCCUCAAAAUGCUUGCACACCUAUAGAUCCUCCUCCAGUUUCUCCCACACCUUCUGAUCCCAACAGCACUACAAAAUACAUUGUCCUUAUCCGACGCUAUGACUGUAACUUUGAUAUCAAGGUGCUCCAUGCACAGCAGGCCGGUUUCAGUGCAGCCAUAGUUCACAACAUGUUCUCUAAUUCACUUCUAAGUAUGGGAUACAGCAAUGACUCCAUUGCGGAGGAGAUCGAGAUUCCUUCUGUGUUCACAAGCUACUACGCCUCUCAGAUACUGCUCAAAUUCAUCAUACCAGAGAAAGGGGCUUAUGUGAUUCUAAAGCCUGAGUUCUCCUUCCCUCUGACCUACUAUCUCAUCCCCUUCACUGGAGUUGUUGGCAUGAUCAUCAUUGUCAUGGUCAUCAUACUGAUUGUGCGGUGCGUGCAGCACAGGAAGAGACUUCGGAAAAACAGACUCUCCAAAGAACAGCUGAAAAAAAUCCCCACUCACAAGUUUGUUAAAGGUGAUAAUUAUGAUGUGUGUGCGAUCUGCCUUGAUGAAUAUGAAGAGGGAGAUAAGCUGAGAGUGCUGCCCUGUUCCCAUGCUUACCACUGCAGAUGUGUGGACCCCUGGCUCACCCAAACUAAGAAAACGUGCCCAGUGUGCAAGCAACGCGUGACCCGUCCCAACCCAGAAUAUUCAGAUUCUUCAGAUUCCGACGGAGAGUCGGCGCCACAUGAGGCUGAAGAAGAAGGAGCGACCAGCGAGGCUGAUUCAGAGCGCACACCUCUCCUUCGUCCCUCCAACCCCUCGUCCCCCGCCUCCUCCAGCCCGCCUCCCACCUACGCCUCCACAGUAACGUCAGAGGCUGUCGUCGCUACUGUAACAACCUCCGCACAAUGCUUGCCACAUGCACCCCAGCCUGACGUGCCCCUGCUGGGAUACGAUGAGUACUACUCACCCGUAGAGGAAUCUGAUGAAGGUACUGAUGAGGAUGAGGGUCACCCCUCAGAUAGCGAUACCGCAGAGCUCAUCGGACGGGGCACUGUGCGAGUCUGAGGGGCCGAUUUAAAACAGCUACGGUUGUUCUCUGUUGUAUAUCACAGAGCUCAUAUUUAGCGCGCCCCAGUCUCGCUGAGAUAUGCAUCCCCCUUGCUAGUGCAAUCAACACUACACAGGAAUUUUUCUAUUUGACAGUAAAAAUUGGUCCGUGUCCAAAUAGAAAUUUUAAAAGUAACUUUUUUUUGUUAAGUGAAUGUAACGGUUUCUUAACAAAAUAGUCCAUCCAUAAAUAAAUAAAUAAAUUAGAACAGAUCAUUUACUCGCCCUCAUGUCAUUUAUAAGCAAGUGUUAAGCAAAUAUAACUAAGUUUUCUUAACCAUAUUUACCACUUUUACCAUAUUUUGAUGUGGCCAUGAAUGUGUUUAAUCAAAUUAAUAUGUGAAUAAAAUCCUAAAUUAAAUCAUUUCGUUAUAUAAAGUGACUUAAAGACUAAACCGAUCAAGAAUUCAUUUGGAUUCCUUUUAUGACAUUUUUAAGAACUUUUUGAAACUUGUAAAAGUUUUUGGUCUGUAGACAAUCAAUUGUGGAACAGAAAUCUGUCAAGAUUCAUUAAAAAUAUCUUUAUUUGUGUUUUGAAGAUAAAUGAAAGACUUAUGGGUUUAGAAUGGCAUAAUAGUGAGUAAAUAACAAUUAAGAUUUUUAGUUGAAGUAUCCCUUUAAAUUCUGCUUUGUUCCUUGCAUAAAGCUGUCAUAUUACUUCAAGAGAUGUAGAAUGUAGCACAUUAAUCACAUGGAUUAAUUUAAUGGUGAUUGAUUGUCAAUUUGGGAGCUUGGUCAGCUUCCUUAUUCUACUAAAUUUCUCCAUUUGUGUUUUACUAAGAAAAAAAAAGUCAAAAUGAUGGUGAGUAUAUAGUGACAGAAUUCUCAAAAUUUUGGGUGGACUAUUUCUUGCUGUCACUAUUUAUGUGCAAUAAGGACAGGUUGCCAGUUUGUAAAUUAGUCAUUUUAUUUUGUUUGUACAUACAGAGGCCACACAAAAAUUAUUGCAGACUUCUGGAUUAGCAUUUUUGAAAACUAACUUGCUUUAGUUUUAGUAAACACCUUCAUAAAUCAACCUGUUUAACUGAUCAAACAAUACCAUUCUACAGGAUUUCUUUAGGUUACUACUACAACAACAACAAAAAAUAAUUUUUAAUCUCUUUUUUUUUUUAAUACAUAAACUGACUGUCUGAACCAGUUCCUUGUUCCUCUCCUUCAUAUCCUUGUUCCUCUCCUUCAUAUCCUUGUUCCUCUUUUUCCCCUCAUCAUGUAAUGGCAUUAUUCUCUGUCAUGUGGAUAUACAGUUAAUACAUAUGUUUGCAGUUAAACGUUUUAUUAUCAUUAUUGAUGCAAGCUGUAAAGCUGGAUGGACAGGCAGUCUUUGUUUAAUAUAGAUAUUUGCAAUAUAAAUGCUAGCUGCUGUUUGAAAUUCAAAUUUACUUUGAUCAUAGCUGACAGUGUAAUGACUUAAUAGCAAUGUUCAUAACCUUUUACUGUCCUUAAACUGUGUUGUCUGUACUAAAUAAACUUGUGCCUCCUUCAGCUUUUCAUUUGUAAAUGUAAUACCAUGUGUUUCUUCCUUUAAAUCACUAAUCAGUCAAAUGAA